AUGGCCCCUAUCUCCACCAGCCCCCCUCCCACCGACCGAAACUCCCUCGCCAGCUACAGAGGCUACGACCAUGUGCACUGGUACGUAGGCAACGCCAAACAAGCCGCUACCUACUACAUCACACGCAUGGGCUUUAAGCGCGUCGCCUACCGUGGUCUCGAAACAGGCAACCGAAGCAUCUGCUCUCACGUCGUCCGCAACGGAGAUAUCACUUUCAUCCUCACUUCGCCUCUGCGCUCUAUCGACCAGAUCGACCGUUUCUCCAGCGAGGAACAGGAGCAACUGAGAGAAAUCCACCACCACCUGGAGCAGCACGGCGAUGGCGUCAAAGAUGUUGCGUUCGAAGUUGACUCUGUCGAUGCCGUCUUCAACGCGGCAGUAAGCAACGGCGCAAAGGCCGUGUCAAACCCGCAGACGUUGAAGGAUGAGAACGGCGAGGUCAGGGUGGCUACUAUCCAGACCUAUGGCCAGACCACACAUACACUGCUUGAGAGGAGCAACUACCGCGGUGCUUUCAUCCCGGGCUACCGCCUCGAGACUGCAGAGGACCCUGUCUCUAAAUUCUUGCCCGGUGUGCACCUCAACCGCAUUGACCACUGUGUUGGAAACCAGGACUGGGAUGAGAUGGACAAGGUUUGCGAAUACUACGAGAAAGCCCUCGGAUUCCACCGUUUCUGGUCCGUCGACGACAAGCAAAUCUGCACUGAAUUCUCCGCUCUGAAGAGUAUCGUGAUGGCCUCGCCAAACGAGAUCGUCAAGAUGCCCAUCAACGAACCAGCCAAGGGCAAGAAGCAGUCUCAGAUCGAAGAAUAUGUCGACUUCUACAACGGUGCCGGUGUGCAGCACAUCGCUCUCCUGACCGACGACAUCAUCCGAGACAUCACAAACCUCAAGGCUCGCGGUGUGGAAUUCAUCAAGGUCCCCAGCACUUACUACGACGACGUGAAGAUCCGACUGAAGAAGGCCGGCUUGACCCUUCACGAAGACUUCGAGACGAUCCAGAAGUUGGAUAUCCUCAUUGACUUUGAUGAGAAUGGAUAUCUUCUGCAGUUGUUCACUAAGCACUUGAUGGACCGCCCGACUGUUUUCAUCGAGAUUAUCCAGAGACACAACUUCGAGGGUUUCGGGGCUGGAAACUUCAAGUCGCUGUUCGAGGCGAUUGAGCGUGAGCAGGAGCUUCGUGGAAAUCUUGUUUAG